AUGGCAAGACUCAUGGAAGAAAACAUCCUUGAAAAGAAUUUCAUGACCUUAACAUCUCUUGGCUCUGGUGGAUUUGGGGAGGUGAAGCUUGCCUGCCACCUUCCUACACAUACACAUGUGGCUGUCAAGGUCCUGGAGAAGACAAAGAAUUCUCUGGCUGACAUCAUCACUGAAGUAGAGAUACUUCAAUCUGUUAAACACAGAAAUAUAGUUAAUUUCUUUCAUGUUAUUGACACAAGUUCAACAACUUAUCUGAUCAUGGAAUAUGUUUCAGGAAAGGACCUGGAAUAUUUCCUCCGGGAGAGAGACUUUCUAGAGGAGGAUGAGGUCAGACCAAUAUUCCAACAGGUCGUUUCAGGAGUUCAUUUUCUCCACCAAAAACGAAUUGCCCAUCGUGAUAUUAAAUUGGAAAAUAUCCUUAUUGACAGAGCUGGCAAUGUCAAGCUCUGUGACUUUGGUAUGGCCAGACAGCUGGCAGAGGGGCAGAUGUUGGAGGAAUUUUGUGGCACCUUGGUCUAUUUGGCUCCAGAGAUUUUGGCACGGAAACCCUACGAUGGCCUGGCAGGGGAUAUGUGGAGCUUGGGAGUCCUCCUAUUUGUACUGGUUACAGGACAAUUUCCAUAUAGGGAAUCCACCUUUGAAGGUAUGUACAGGGUCAUCAACACCACAAACUAUCCCAUUCCCUACCACUUGUCAAAACCCUGCAUCAUCCUCAUUGAACAAUUACUCAUGGUCCCUAACCAGCACAGAAUAAUAAUAUGUCAGCUCCAGGAAAGACAAUGGCUGGGCAACAUUAAAGAACAUGUAGCACCUGCAACUAAGGAAAUCCUUUCCAGGGUCAUGGAGACUAUGUGCACCAUGGGCUAUACCUGUGGGGAGAUUGUAUCAUCUCUGAAACACAAGCAACCAAGUAACUUAAUGGCAACCUUCAAUAUCCUCAAAUACAACCUAAGCUGUGGGGACAGCCAUCAGCAGAAUCAGGAGCCCUGCUUAAAUGGCAAUCCUGAAGGUGCCUUUCGGCUUCAACUCCCUUUGAAGAGAAAAGCCAGUGAACCUGCCUUUCCAACAAAUAAAGGAGAUAGGAAGAGACGCAAGAUACACCAUGCCCAAUAG